AUGGCAACAGAGGCCAUGACUGAUGGGGAUCCAGGUGAAACUGAGGUCCAGCUCCCUGACUCUUCAGAGGCCAUGACUGUUGGUGAUCCAGGUGAAACUGAGGUCCAGUUCUCUGAUUCCUCAGAGGUGAAAGCUGUGGAGAAACGUGCCUCGUGUGGACAGGGAUGGACCGGCUGUGGAAAUCGCUGCUUUAGAUUUUUCUCAUUCGGCCGAACUUGGUCUUUGGCAGAGGGGUACUGUGUGAGCCAGCGAGGGCAUCUUGCAUCCAUCCACAACAUUAAGGAAGCACGUCUUGUGGGGAGGUUGUCUAGGAACAAGGGCUUGACUUGGAUUGGGGGCGGGGGAUCCGCUGAGGGUUUUACAUGGUACUGGACUGAUGGAAGUGCAUUUGACUAUUCCAAUUGGGGUGCAUGGGAGCCCAAUAACGGUAGUGGAAAUGAACACUGCAUCAACAUCAACUACAAAGGUGAAGGCGUUUGGAAUGAUCUCCCCUGCCACCAGUCUCGCCCGUUUGUGUGUGCCAAGUAG